AUGUCGGACGUGAAGUCGAAGGAGGCGGGUGCAAAUCCUGCUGCUUCCAAGAGCGGUGCUGGCGAAGAUGUUGCGGAGACGAAAUUGGCUGUUCCUCGCAGCUUGGACACGGGAUCAAAGAAGCACCCGCUGAACUCCUCGUGGACGUUGUGGUACGACUCUCUUUCCACAUACGACAGUGAGCGGUGGGAGUUGUCUCUUGUGGAGGUGAUCACGGUCCGUACAGUGGAGGAGUUCUUUACGAUGUUGCAUUAUUGCAAGCCACCCCAUGUACUUCGUGUUUCGGCCCAAUAUCACUUUUUCCGCGAGGGUGUGAAACCGAUGUGGGAGGAUCCGAGCAACAAAGCCGGUGGAAAACUGUGGAUAAGCCUGGAUGAUAAGCCUGUUGGCGAUGUCGGAGGAAGGAAAUGGGAAAAUGCCAACACGAGUGGUGCCGCAGGUGGGGAGAAAGACAAUGCAAGCGCCGCCACGAACAACAGCAAUAGCAAUCAAAAUGCCAAAGCCAAGAAGGAAGAACAAGAGACAGAGAAGAAACCGGAGUUGGACACCAUGUGGGAAAAUUUGCUCAUGGCUAUGGUGGGAGAGUACCUUGACCCGGAGCCGGACGGCGAUCACAUCAUGGGGUUGGUCUUGUCAAGGCGCAAGUAUCAUAACCGCAUCGCCCUUUGGCUGCGUGACGCCUCCGCCAGCGAGGCUGUUGCUAGGAUUGAGAAGAAACUCGUGAAAGAGGCUGGCCUGCCGCCGGCAAUGAAGUUUAUCUUCACCCCCCACAGCACCGGGAAGUAG